AUGAAGUUCUUCACCGCCGCCGCCGUUCUCUCGGCAGCCGUCUCGGAGGUCUCGGGGCACUACAUCUUCCAGCAGCUGUCCGUGGGGUCCACAAAGUACGAUGUCUUCCAGCACAUCCGGAAGAACACCAACUACAACUCCCCCGUUACUGACCUCGCCUCGAACGAUUUGCGAUGCAAUGUUGGUGGUGCCAGCGGUGCCCAGACUACGGUGGUCAACGUGAAGCCCGGCGACGCCUUCACCUUUACCCUCGACACGGCCGUCUACCACCAGGGCCCCAUCUCGCUCUUCCUGUCCAAGGCGCCCUCUCACGUCCAAGACUACGACGGGUCCGGAAAAUGGGCCAAGUUCAAAGACUUCCUCCCGACCUUUAGCAACGGCCAGGCAACCUGGCCAAUGAGACUCAUGAAAGACAUCGAAACUGAUCUUCAGCACCUAGAAACCUACGAGUACAAGAUCCCGACGUGCCUCCCUAACGGCGAGUACCUCCUGCGCGUCCACCAGCUGGGCAUCCACAACCCCUACCCGGCCGGCAUCCCGCAGUUCUACAUCUCGUGCGCUCAGAUCAACGUCACGGGCUCGACUGCGUCCGCGAGCUCGUUUGCGCCAACCCUGAGUAUCCCUGGUGCUUUCAAGGAUACUGACCCCGGGUAUACUGUCAAUAUCUACCAGCCCGGAUUCACGUCGUAUGUGGCUCCUGGUGGCGCGGAGUGGACUUGCUGA